ACGAGGGCGGACCCUGGACGGUAUGCCUUUCGACUUGUUGUGUUUUCUGUUACUCCAAUCGCCAUCUUGUUGCCAGUGAAGUAAUGUGUGUCUGAUGAAUUUCGGGAGCGCCCUGGAUGUCUUAUGACUAUCUUAGGAAACCAGUGGAUUUUACUGUGAUUAAGCCAACACGUUUAUCUGUAUCGGGGACUUGCAUACAUUUUAACAGGAACUUAUUGUAUCGGUAUUCAAAAUGAGUAUCGAUACUCUAUUGGAAGCGGCCAGGUAUUUGGAGUGGCAAGCCCAGCAACAACAGAUUACACGUGAGGAGGAGCAGCAGAGAGAGAAAGCCCUGCUGUCCCGUGAGGCUGAGCAGAAGCUCUCCGCCCCUGUUAUCCAGACUGUCCAACUCAACCAUGUGACCUGGGCAGAAGACAUGCGGCUCGGGUCGCACCGCCAGCACCAGCACCACCCUCCGGUCCCGCCCCCUCCCCUCCCACCACCUGUUCCCAUAGCUGUCAUUCCCAUCCCGGUGGUCCCUGCCAACCCUGCAGGCCUUCCCAUUCAGACUGCUUCGUCCCUUCACACGGUCUCUCCAAUGCCAGUGGUCACUUCCUUGGCCACGACCCUGUCCCCGCCAGCAGCCCCUGUCUUCAGCCCCAAUGGCAAAGAUGCCCACUCCCCUCCUCAGCAGCAGCAGCAGCAGCAACAGCAACAGCAGCAGCAUCGUCACUUGAUUGCACAUGUAAAAACAGAAACUAACAGCUUGUCUCCGUCGAACAACGGUCCCAAACAGCUGCAGGCACAGCAGACGCAGACACUGCUGCAGACGUAUCCAGCCCCCAUCAUCACAGCCCAGCACCCACCACAGCAACACACCCUCCUGCCCCAGCCAGCGCUACCCCAACCUCAGCCCACGCCGGCCCAGGUUCAGGCAGGACAACCGCCCAGGACUAAUGGAGCCACUGUGGAAGAUCCACGCAACCUGGAUGGGAAAAGGAGACCUGGAGGAGCUGGAACUCGAGAAGUUCACAACAAGCUGGAAAAGAACAGACGAGCACAUCUAAAAGAAUGUUUUGACACCCUCAAGAAGAACGUUCCUAAUGUGGAUGAAAAGAAAACUUCCAAUUUGAGUGUCCUGAGGAGUGCCCUCCGCUACAUACAGACAUUGAAGCGGAAAGAAAAGGAGUACGAGCACGAGAUGGAGCGCUUGGCGCGGGAGAAGAUCGCCACUCAGCAGAGACUCGCGGAGCUGAAGAACGAGUUGAGCCAGUGUAUAGACGUCAUAGAGAUCGACAGGAUACUCCGACAAACUGUCCAACCUGAAGAUGAUCAGGCCUCCACAUCAACAGCAUCAGAGGGCGAAGACAACUUCGACCAAGACGUAGAGGACGACAUCCUCUCCUCUCCACUCUCGUCUUCUGCACCUAAACUGCCUGCGCCGUCGGAGCCCCGUCCUGCCAUGCCUCCACCCUCCAUCCUCCCUACGCACAUCUCCAUACAACACAAACCCACCACCCCACCCAGCCAUCCCCAGGCAGCGGUGAUCACCCCUCAAGCCAUCGCUCCUGCGCCUCCUUCCCACAUCAUCUCCCCUCCUCAGCAAACAGUCAUCACCCACGCCUCUGUCUCCCAUGCGUCCGUCAUCCAGGCCGUCAAUCACGUCAUCCCAGCUGGGUCCAAACAUCUGGCGCAUAUUGCGCCCUCUAGUGCCGGCCAGCCAAUCGGACACAUCACCGUGCAUCCCGUGACCCACCUCCCCGCAGCCAUUUACCCGCAGUCGGUGGCCGUCUCACAACCGGCGAUGGUGGGACACAUCACGCACACGUUGGCGCACCACCCGCACACUCACGCCCAAGUUAACGGCACACCGGUCACGGGCCAGCAGGCCACCAUGGUGGGGAAACCCACGGCCGUGGUCGCUCACCAUCACACUGGGCUGGUGGGCCAGACGGUGCUCAAUCCAGUGACUAUGGUAACUGUUCCUCCUUUUCCAGUCAGCACGCUAAAGCUGGCCUGAGAGAAAAGAGAGGGUGCGCAGAAAGACUUCAAUGAAAGGAGGUCUCACAAAGCUAGAGCAAGAUAGACGGCGAUCUAGUCGACGACGACUAGAUCCCAGUCAGAAAUUCACUACUGUUGCUCAAACACGCCGGGACCUUUUCAGGAUCGGAGCGUGUCCUCUUUCACGUGUCGAAGGGGCUUGCGUGUCUUUUGCCAUGCAGCGUUGGAAUGAAAUACAUGUAAUGCACUUGCUUAGCUAAAUUCGAAGACAUUGGGUGUCAGUCUUUAGUAAUGUGAGAGUGGAGUGCUAAAACAAAUCAAUUUUUUCUUCUCUUUUCCUCCUAUCCUUUUUUCUGUAUGCAAAUUUUCACGCUUUACAUUCAUUCACCAAAAAAUUCCACAGACGAGUGCUUAAAGGUCAAUACUGGAAGCACGAGGAGAAAAAAAACAAACGUUUACUGUAUAACCAUAUUUUUAGGGGCUUUUAAAACUCUUCAAACGGGGUUUUUGAAUUAAAAAAACAGGUACAUUCAGACUUCUGAAAAAUGGGAUUCCUCGAAGUGUCUUUGACUUGCGAGCAAAUGUAAGUGCCUAUGCCCCAAGUCAAGCCCAUUGGCGCCACCUGCUGCCUACGCAAUGCAACAACACUGCUGAUUAUGAAGCGCACGCGCACAAGACUGUCAU